UACAAUAAAAAUCAAUUCUUGCAUGGCUACAAUAUACUAUAAUAAUGUCUGUAAUUAAUGUAUGCAAAGCCCAAACUGUUUAAAUUAAUAACUAUAUAAUUAUUCAAGUAUAUUAUUGAAUGGCAUCACUCACUAUGUUUCCUACUCUUCAUUGUAUCUUCUUCCUCAUUCAGAUCUGCUGAGAUAAUUGACUUGAAGAAAGAAAAAAUAUGAAAACCAGAGAAUCCAAAGCCCAUAAUACCCAGAAAGUUCUCAACGGCGGCAGCCAUGAUCAUCGUCAAGAAUCCCUGCAUAUCAAGCAAGAUGACAAGUUUUUCUCCAGGCUUUUAUCCAAGGAGAAAUCAUCGUCGUCUUCCAUAAAAGGUGAGUCGUCUUUCAGAUUCUUCUACUAUGGCGAUUCCUCCAAAGGCUCGAUUCCUUUCCGGUGGGAAUCGCAGCCGGGAACCCCGAAACACCCCCUCUCCGCCGCGUCUCUCCCGCCGCUCACUCCUCCGCCGUCGUACCAGUCCUCCGCCGAGCUGAAGUCCGGCAGCCGCCGCUCCUCCUCCUCCUCCUCGAGACUGCCGUCUUUCUUCUCCAAGCUUUCUUCCAAGAAAACCAGUUUCUUCAGUAAUGUUUCUUCCUCGGUUUCUUCGUCGUCGUGUUCGUCGUCGUUCUCGCUGCCGUCUUCCGCCCCCACGGCGGCGCUCACCGGCCGGAGACACCGCUCGCAGUCGGAUUUCCAGUUGAGGCUUGAGGACUUAUUCAGAGAUGAUGAAGCUUCUCCGACUUCAACCCUGUGCUUUGGCGGCGGCCGUGGUAACGGCGGCGCAGCGGCUGCAAGUGAGAGUGGGUCCAAGAGCUUCCAUGUUCGCCGGUCAUCAUGGCUGUGCUUGAACAAUAUUAGCGUCUUUUAAUCCAUUCUUAAUUUCUGUAAGGACAUGAUAUGAUGAUGUUCGCCUUGUACUUCAUUAAAAUCUGUCGGUUUGUAAUUUUCUGAAUAAUAAUCCAUCAUAGGCACCAAAAGCCUUAUGGUCUUUUUCUACUUCUGGGAUGAAUCCAUCUUGUCUUGCCAAAUGAAAUAUAAUCAAAUAUUUUUGUUUUUGUGUUUAA